AUGGACCAAGAGAGUACAGAGCUUCAAGAGAAUGGCUGCUAUGUGGCCCUGACAACAGACCAUCUCGAUGUCCAGACCGUCAUGGACAGGGUGAGGAGCCCGGAAGCUGGGGCAAUUGUUAUUUUUGCAGGAACUACUAGAGACAACUUCGCGGGAAAGCCGGUCAAAGAGCUGCAGUACUCGGCCUACAGCAAGCUGGCCUUGCGGACAAUGAUGGCUAUCGCCAAGGCCACACUGGCUAAGCAUUCUCUCAAGGGCGUUGCCAUAGCGCACCGUCUUGGAGUGGUACCCAUAGGGGAAGAGAGCAUUCUCAUAGCCGUCUCGGCUCCGCAUCGGCAGGCGGCAUGGCGAGCUGGAGAGGAAGCGCUUGAGGAUUGCAAGGCCCGUGUCGAGGUCUGGAAGCGAGAAGAAUUCGAGGGCGAGGGGGGCAUAUGGAGGGCUAACAGAGAUGGCAUCAGCGGCCAGGAGAUCACGGAACUGGAGCAGGCGCCCUAA